AACAAAGAGUAAAUUUAGUAAAUGUAAAAUCAUUUCAGUUAAUUUUCUUAAGAGUUUGAUAUUUUUGAACUGGAUAUAUCAAUUGAUGAAAGUGUUAAAAGCUUUAUGAACAAGAUACAAGAAAAAUAUAAAUAUAUUGAUGUUUUAAUAAAUAAUGCAGGCGUAGUUGAUAGAAGGCCUACAAACUCAAAUAUUGCAAAUUUUACUUUUUAAACAAAUUUUUUAAAAACGGUCGAAUUAACAGAAAAUAUAUUUCAUAAUAUGUUAAGUAAUGAUGGUAAAAUAUUAUUAAUAAGCAGCAUUUUAGGUUAAUUAGAACAUUAAACAUUGGAAGGAAGAAAAAUAUUAGAAAAUUAAAAUAUUACAAAAGAUUAUUUAUUUUAAUUAGCUGAAGAUUAUAUAAAAAAUUCAGAUUUUCCUUAAAAACUGAUAUUCUAUUAAUAAUCAUAUCAUACAUCUAAAGCUUUCUUAAAUGCUUACGGAAGGUUUAUUUUAACUAAAUAAUUAAAAAAUCAAUAAUCUUUAUAUAUUAUACAUCCUGGAUGGGUUAAAACUGAUAUGGGAGGUUAAUAAGCAGAAAUUACUUUAGAUGAAGCUUGCCCUUAUAUAUGUGAUAUAGCUUGUGAGUUUCCUUUUAAUAGAAGUGUUUUAAAUGGAAAGCUUAUUUAUAAAAAUAAAGAAAUAGACUUUUGA